AUGGAAACAGAUGCAGUCCUUCCUCCUCCAUCACAAGACCCACCAAGGAUCCAGCGCCUUGAUGAGUCUGUAGUCAACCGAAUUGCAGCUGGUGAGGUCAUCCAACGCCCCGUUGCAGCCGUCAAGGAGCUCGUUGAGAACAGCCUUGAUGCGGGGUCCACCUCCAUACAUGUUGUUAUUAAGGAUGGAGGCCUGAAACUCAUUCAAGUUUCUGAUGAUGGCCAUGGAAUCCGUUAUGAUGACUUGCCGAUUCUAUGUGAGAGGCAUACAACAUCAAAGUUGUCUGCAUUUGAAGAUUUACAGUCAAUUAAGUCGAUGGGGUUUAGAGGAGAAGCCUUAGCAAGCAUGACUUAUGUUGCUCAUGUUACAGUCUCCACCAUAACCAGCGGUCAGUUGCAUGGUUACAGGGUAUCAUACAGAGAUGGUGUGAUGGAGCAUGAACCUAAGGCGUGUGCUGCCGUAAAGGGGACUCAAGUAACGAUUGAGAAUUUAUUUUAUAACAUGAUUGCACGAAGGAAAACUCUCCAGAACUCUGCUGACGAUUAUCCAAAAAUUGUUGACCUACUUUGUCGGUUUGCUAUCCAUCAUAAAAACGUGAGCUUCUCCUGCAGAAAGCAUGGAGCUGGUGCAGUUGAUGUUCACUCAGUUGCUAUGUCUACAAGGCUGGAUGCUAUCAGAUCUGUGUAUGGGGUCUCAGUUGCUCGCAGUCUGAUGAAGAUAGAGGCUUCAGAUGCUAAUCCAUCUACUUCAGUUUUUGAAAUGGAUGGCUUUAUAUCCGAUUCUAGUUACUCUGCAAAGAAGACUACCAUGGUUCUCUUCAUCAAUGAAAGAUUAGUCGAAUGUACUGCUCUGAAGAGGGCAAUUGAAAUCAUCUAUGCUGCAACUUUACCCAAAGCAUCAAAACCUUUCAUAUAUAUGUCACUUAUCUUGCCUCCUGAGCAUGUUGAUGUUAACGUGCAUCCCACAAAGAGAGAGGUGAGCCUUUUGAACCAGGAGGUUAUUAUUGAGAAGAUACAAUCUGUGAUAGAAUUGAAGCUAGGAAACUUAAACGAGUCAAGCAUGUAUCAAGAACAACAGGCAGUGGAUUGCUCUCCUGUUAGUUCAGUAUCUGCAAACAAAGCUUCUUGUGUAAAUACAUCAACAUCUGGGUCGCAAAAAAUACCUGUAAAUAAGAUGGUGCGGACAGAUUCUCAGGAUCCUUCUGGGAGGAUGCAUGCUUAUUUGCAAGUUAAGCCUUCUAGACACCAUGAAAGCAGUUGUGGAUUGAAUUCUUUAAGGUCUUCCAUCAGACAGAGGAGGAAUCCCAAGGAAACUGCUGAUCUUACAAGUGUUCAGGAACUUAUCGAUGAAUUUGAACGUGAUUGUCACUCUGGUCUUUUGGACACUGUAAGGAACUGCACGUAUGUUGGUAUGGCUGAUGAUGAUUUUGCUCUCCUUCAGCAUAAUACUCAUCUCUAUCUUGCCAAUGUUGUAAAUUUGAGCAAAGAGCUCAUGUAUCAACUGGUUCUGCAACGAUUUGGUUACUUCAAUGCAAUACAAUUAAGUGAGCCUGCCCCAUUGCAAGAACUAAUCAUGCUGGCACUGACUGAAGAAGAUCCGGAUUCAGAAGGCAUUGAGAAUGAUGACUUAAAAGUAAAGAUAGCCCAAAUGAAUGCUAAGCUUCUAAGUGAGAAAUCUGAAUUGCUGGAUGAAUAUUUUGGCAUUCAUGUGGAUCCACAAGCCAAUUUGUCAAGGCUUCCUGUCAUACUUGACCAGUACACACCUGACAUGGAUCGGGCUCCAGAAUUUCUUCUUUGUCUGGGAAAUGAUGUGACAUGGAAUGAUGAGAAAGUUUGCUUUCAAACCAUUGCUGCUGCUCUUGGAAACUUCUAUGCUAUGCAUCCACCUCUAUUGCCAAAUCCAUCAAGUGAAGGAGGUUCAGAUUUUUAUAAAAGACAAGGGAAAGGAAAUGUUUCAGGAGGGAAUGAUAUGGUAGAGGAAGGAGUUGAUGAGGAGCUACUUUCGGAAGCAGAGAAUGCGUGGGCCCAGCGAGAAUGGUCAAUACAGCAUGUUCUGUUUCCUUCCAUGCGGCUCUUCUUCAAGCCCCCAACUUCAAUGGCCACAAAUGGAACAUUCGUGCAGGUGGCCUCUUUGGAGAAGCUAUACAAGGUUUUUGAAAGAUGCUAGCCAGCGUUAUUCCUUUUUCUGUUUAUCUUGUAACAAAGAAUACUAGAGAUGUUUGGGUCCCACUUAAGUUUGUUGUUCACUCACAUAUCUCGAUCUGUGGUUUACCUUGGGAAUCCCAAAAGCUAUUUUCGUUACUAGACAAUUUCUAGUGCUAUUUUUGAUGCUAAGAGAGAGUGAGUCCUUGUACAUGGUCCAACGCAUAUCAAAAUACCCAUCUUGUUUGGAUUGGGAAAUGUCAACGUUGUUUUGUAAAAUCUUGUGACAUGGUCUACUUACUAGGCUUGCAAUCGAUGAGUG